AUGAAGUGCCCAGACAAAAAGAGUUAUCCCGAAUCUGUCCUAGAAAUGGGGCAAAGGGAAACUCAAGUGACCAUAACCAGGCUACUGGAUGAAGUACGUCAUAUGAUCCCCGAUGUCCAAUUUACACAUUUCAAUGAUACCACAAGUGCUUAUUAUAGCAAAGCCACAUUAAUUGAUCCCCACAUAAAAUAUUGUGUUGGAGAUCAUAUGAUAUUCCAGGUUGAAGCUUAUGAUUAUUUAAGAAAAAGAAAAAAGUAUGGAGGUGAUUUUAUAAGGGGAAGGAUUUAUUCACCUGAACUCAAAGCAAGUGCAUCAGGAGAUGUUACGGAUUGGGGCAAUGGAACAUACAAUAUCAAUUUUACUCUUUUUUGGGAAGGUAAAGUGAAGAUCUCCAUUCUCCUGCACCACUCAAGUGAGAUUGUUUCUGCUUUAUGGAGAGUGAGAAACAUUGAUUAUUUGAAAAAAAGAUUCAGAGGAAAGUUUAUCAAUAAUGGGAAACAGCUUAUUACUGAAUGUGGAUUACAGCUAGAGUCAAAGGAGAAAACGUGUGAUUACCUUGAUCACAGAGAUGGGGAAUUUUUUUACUGCAUAAAACCUCCAAACAUAUCAUGUGAUGCUCUAACUGCCGUACAAGGAUACACCAGCAACAGAUCACAUCUCACCCCUAUGGAGAAAGAAAUCAUAGCUAAGUCAAAGGUUGCUGUUGAGAUUUCUAAAACUGUUGAUCUUGUCAUUGUACAUCAGUGUCAAGGAAGAAGUGCACAUUUAGAACCAAAAUGCAAACCUGGGGUGCCCACUUCAUUUCCCAGUGGCUAUUUCUUGAAAGGAAUUUGGAAUCCUGUUUUCUGUAACCUGACGUCAUUUAGCUUCAUAUCGCAGGCUGAAACAUGUUUGACCAGAAAAAUGGUUUAUCUAUUAGGUGAUUCUACUAUAUAUCAGUGGAUGACUCGUUUUACAAAACUUAUGCCAUCACUAAAAUUUUUUGACAUCCAUGAGAGUGAAUGGGAUAGUCCAUCCUUGGCGCUAGAUGUGAGCAGAAAUAUCUACAUAUACUGGAAGAAGCAUGGACACCCCUUUUUGUAUGAUAAUUAUUUCACUGUAAAAAGCUACUCUUAUGUUGCCCAUGAAAUUGAUAAUGUAUCUGGCGGUCCAAACAUUAUAGUUGUCAUCACCCUUGGACAUCAUUUCAGACCAUUCCCUCUCUCCCUGUUUAUCAGAAGAAUGCUCAACGUGAGACAAGCUUUGGAGCGCCUCCUUCUGCGUAGCCCAGGCACUCAAGUGUUCUUUAAAACAGAAAACAAUCGGGAAAAAGAAAGUGAUUUGGAAACAUUUAGUGACUUUAAUGGCUAUAUACAGUAUAAGAUAGCUAAGAAUAUCUUUAAGGAUCUUAACAUUGGUAUGAUCGAUGCAUGGGACAUGACUAAUGCUUAUGGUUCAUAUGAUCUACACCCAUGUGCUGAAAUUGUGAAUAAUCAAAUUAACCUCUUCCUAGCCUACAUUUGUACAAGUAAUAAAUAA